AUGUUUCACAUAAGGAAACUAACAAGAUCGUCGAUUGCUUUGAAACAAGUACCGAGUAAUGAUGUUAUUCAUAACACGCUCAUACGUAUCGUACCGGCGUUCCAAGCACGCGGUUAUGCCGAUCAUCAGAUACCCGAUCGUCUAAAGGAUAUCCCCGACGAUCUGAAUCCAAAGUUUUUCGAUAUGGUCGAAUACUUUUUUCAUCGAGCUUGUCAGAUCGUCGAAGACAAAUUGGUCGAAGAUAUCGGUAAACGUUCCAGGAUGAGCGUGGAAGAGAGAAAAAAGAAAGUGAAGGGUAUCUUGAUGCUAAUGGAACAAUGUGACCACAUCCUCGAAACCUCCUUCCCAUUGAGACGCGACUCGGGCGACUACGAAAUGAUUACUGGCUAUCGCGCGCAACAUUCAACUCAUAGAACACCCUGCAAAGGAGGUAUUCGUUUCUCGAUGGAUGUCUCGCGGGACGAAGUAAAGGCUUUGUCGGCGUUAAUGACUUUCAAGUGUGCCUGUGUAGAUGUUCCUUUCGGUGGAGCUAAAGCCGGUAUUAAGAUUAAUCCCAAAUUGUAUUCGGAACACGAACUCGAAAAAAUUACAAGAAGGUUCACGCUGGAGCUCGCGAAGAAAGGAUUUAUUGGACCCGGUGUCGAUGUUCCUGCUCCCGACAUGGGAACUGGAGAACGUGAAAUGUCCUGGAUUGCAGACACAUAUGCCAAGACUAUAGGUCAUGUGGAUAUCAACGCUCACGCCUGUGUCACAGGCAAACCAAUUAAUCAGGGUGGAAUACAUGGACGUAUUUCUGCGACAGGGCGUGGAUUGUUCCAUGGAAUAGAAAAUUUUAUCAACGAAGCUAAUUACAUGAGCAUGAUCGGCACCACACCUGGUUGGGGAGGAAAAACAUUCAUUAUUCAAGGUUUCGGUAACGUCGGUUUACAUUCAAUGCGUUAUUUGCAUCGUGCAGGCGCCACUUGCAUAGGAGUAAUCGAGCACGAUGGUUCUAUCUAUAAUUCCGAAGGUAUCGAUCCUAAGCAACUAGAAGAUUAUCGUAUAGAGAAUGGUACUAUCGUGGGCUUCCCUAAUGCUAAACCGUACGAAGGUGAAAAUCUUAUGUACGAACCUUGUGAUAUAUUUAUACCUGCAGCCGUCGAGAAAGUUAUUACUAAAGCUAAUGCCAGUCUUAUUCAGGCAAAAAUUAUAGCCGAAGCUGCCAAUGGACCAACUACUCCAGCUGCCGAUAAAAUUUUAAUCGACCGAAAUAUCUUAGUUAUACCAGAUUUGUAUAUCAAUGCCGGUGGUGUCACCGUUUCCUUCUUCGAAUGGUUAAAGAAUUUAAAUCACGUGUCUUAUGGUCGUCUAACUUUUAAGUAUGAAAGGGAAUCAAAUUAUCACUUGUUAGAAUCUGUACAAGAAUCGUUAGAACGUAGAUUCGGUCGUGUGGGUGGUCGAAUUCCUGUUACACCCUCCGAAGCGUUUCAAAAACGUAUUUCUGGUGCUUCUGAAAAAGAUAUUGUUCAUUCUGGUUUGGACUACACUAUGGAAAGAUCAGCGAGGGCUAUUAUGAAAACAGCCAUGAAGUUCAAUCUUGGCUUGGACUUGAGGACAGCAGCUUACGUUAAUUCAAUCGAGAAGAUAUUUACCACUUACUCCGAAGCGGGUCUUGCGUUUUAAAGUAUAUUCUAAAGUAUUUACCAAUACAAAGGAAAUCGCAUAAAUGGAACUAUAAAAAGUUUCGAGCCAGUAUUUUCAAGACUUUUUUCAACAAUUGCUCCCAACCAGUACUGUCCAGUGUCUCUCAGUGACAAAGACAGAAGCUGUUAGUUGCAGUGGAAACAUUUCGUGAAUAUCGUCGCACGUUAGAUUCUCUCCGAACAUGUAAUAAUAAUUUGCCUAACGAAUGCUCCGUUGUACGGAUAAGUAUAUAUAAUGCCUGCGUCGAUCGCGUCGUUCGCGUCACUGUAACUAUUAUGCCGUUUAUGUAUGAGAAAGUGUACGAAUCGAAUAGUAGCGAAUUUGAUGUGCGAAUACGGUCUGCCAAGUAGUCAAUUCUGAACAAAGUACUUGCAACAUGUUUUCCUUUGUAAGUCGACUCAACGAAAUCAGCAGCCGAAAUGAGACAUCAGUGUGCAUUUUUAUACAUCACUUUUGAUCAGUGUAUGAUAAUAUGUAAGAUUUGCACGUUAAUUGUCAAAGACAAACGAAAUGAUCGUCUUUAAAUCUUAAUUCCCUUGAGUACACAACAUAUUGCAGUGAUCUAUUUGCGAGAAACAGUUCACCGACGACUCGUGUCUAUAAUCAACGUAAUAUGCGCGAUGUAUCAUACGGUAAUAUUGUUAUAUAUUUCAAAAGUAAUGUCAAUAAACAUAUGC